AUGAUGUUUAAACAAUUUUGCCAUAAUUUACGUUUCAAUUAUAAUUAUUUGAUUAUUCGAUCAAAACAGAGGUAUUAUAGUUUAGAUAAUAAUCCAAAAGUUAUAAGAACUAAAAUUCCAAAUCAUCCAUUUAUUUCAUUAAGAACUUAUCAAUAUUAUAAUCAAUGUACUGAUUUUAAAUUAUUUUUAUCUGGUUAUUAUUAUGAAGAAGAUUCAAUUGAUAUGGCUAGCUCAAAACUAUUUGAUUAUAUGAAUUCUUUUACAACUACUUUACCUAGUACAUCUGCUGUUGCUAUUGUUCCUGCUAUUGAUGAAUUACUUGCUGAUGAAUCUAUAGUAUAUAAAAAAUAA